AUGGCAAUCGUCAUUAGAUUAUAUAAAGAGAUAAUUUUUACUUACCUUUUGGUUUUUGUAUUCUUUAGCACCAAGUUGAUCACAUCGGAUCUAAUAGAGGGUGAAGGAGUUAAACCAGUACAAGAGGAAGAUUAUUCAUAUCGUGGAGUAGAUUUAAAAGUUGUAUGGAGCAAAGAUACCCAUGAAAGAGGUAGAGAUAGAUCAAGAUCAGAGCAAGCAAGAGAUCAAGAACAAUCAAGAGCAGUGAUCAAGAGCAAGAAAUACCUAUGUGUCGACGAUCCUUUUUAA